AUGAACAAAAAGGCUAAAAUAUCUAACAAUUUUUCUGAUAUCGGAUUUAUAAAGAUAUUAUUUUUUUUAGCAAUUCUCAAUUUGUGCUCUUCAUUUGAAAUUAUUAUUGCUCAAAAUGAUAGAGAUGAGCUUAAUCAAAUUUGGAUUGAAGACACAAAAAAGCAAUUUGAGCCAGCUAUCGAAUGGUAUCAAUGCAACUACUUGAUAAUUUCAGAGUGUGUUAACUCACAUCCAAAUGCCAUAAUCGUUCUUGAUUUAUCAAACAGCUUUGAGACACAACUGAGCCUUUCUCAAUUAUGUAAAGAAAAUAAUAAAAUUCAUUUGGUUCCUCAGAAGAAUCAAGAGUCUCUUUACGACGACGAAUGGACAUAUAAUAUCCUUCCAUCAAACAUAGCCCAAGCUGAUGCAUAUUUUGCGGCUUUAGCUUACUUUAAUUGAACUCAAGGGCUUUUAAUCACUGAUAGAGAUCAUACAUAUAUCAAGCAGAAAUUUCUAGACUAUUCGGAGACUUUUGAUUAUAUAACUAUAGGAACAUCGGCAAGCCUUGAAAAGGUCGUAAGCAGAGUUAUCAAGCCUUUAGGAGCAACAUUGUAUUACAUUUUUGCAAAUUCUGUUCUCUCAUCAAAAAUUCAAGAGACAUUGAAAUCCAGAAAACUCCUAUCAAGAGGAGAUGGAAUAUUGCUAAGCAAAAAUUCUCAUGUGAAAUUAAAAAAAUACUAG